AAUAGCAGUGCCAUGCCCAGGAGUUCUCUACCGGCUUCCUACGGGCAAUCAACUCACCAGGCCGACUCACCAGGCCAAUCUACGGCUGCCUCUGACAUCCUUGGAAGUGUGUGGAGCCAGCCAGCAUGUCGACCUCUUUGAGAGUGAGCCCCUCUGUCCACGGCUAUCACUUCGACACCGCCUUGCGUAAGAAAGCUGUGCCCAACAUCUUUGAGAACCUUGAUCAAGAGACUCUGGAAAAGCUCUUCAAAAACUCCGGGGACAGGAAAGCAGAGGAAAGAGCUAAGAUUAUCUUGGCCACUGAUCAAGACCUGGAGGAGAAAGCGAAAUCGCUCAUGGCUCUGAAGCAGCGGACUAGAGAGAAACUCUUCCAGUUUCUGAAGUUCGGGAAACAUUCCAUCAAAAUCCACUGAAGAGCCACAAAAGCAAGGUUGUGACCUCCCAAAAAGAAAAAGGAAAAGAAAAAGAAAAUUGCACAGCUCUUCCGCUGGUGUCAUCCUUUUCGCUCGCCAGCAUCUCCGACGCCUGGUACGAGAUGGAGGAUGCUUGGACAUGUCAGUCAGGGGUUGUUCAAUCCCCACGGACCGUGUGCUUCUUCUGCAGACUCCAAGUUGCACAGUCAAAAGACAACGGAGCGAGUCACUCAUCAAAUGACGAAAGCAGCAGAUCCUGAGCCACAAGGAUGGAAAAGUGGUGGAACGGACAGCUGCAACUUUUUCUGGCAGCAGGGAGGGAGAAGAGACUCUGUGAUUUCUCCUUGACUAAAAUGUCUGCUGCCUGACAGUCUUUCUGGACAUAUGUUUACUGACUGUGUAAAACCUUCCAUAAGGUGCUUUUCUCUCCUGUGCUGGGAUCACAGGAGAUCAGACAGCAAUCCGUGUUUAUCCAUUUGCAUUUGCUAAAAAUGCAUCAGGGGAGCUGCGUCUCAUCCGCAAGUCAACAAUUCUCCCGAGAGAGAACUUUUUUUUCCAGGACAGCGUGAAGCAAUCCAGUUUCUGCUCCGUUUCUUAAAAUGAAUUGCACAAACUUUUUUUUUUUUUAAAAAAGAGUUUCUUCAUGACUUCUUGAAUUAUGAAAGUCUCUUUGAGACUUUGAGACAUUCACUUUUUUUAAAAAACUAUUUCUGCCAUAGUGACAGUGCUGUAACGAACUUAACAAGUAAUAAGCUAUGUUGAUGAUGCUGUAGUAAUGGGCAUUAAUUUAUUGCAUAUGCUGCAUUGUGGAUCAAAUAAAUUAUAAGGUUGAUAUAAAUUGCUCUUGAUUUGAAAUGCUUUCUUUGGCAAGUGAAGCUGGUUUUAAAUUUCAUAAAACUUCUGUCCUUUGAAGUGCCAGAUCGAGAUAUCAUUCGAUAAGAAUGUUUCAUCACAGAUUUUUUUAAAAAAACAAAAUGCAAUAUCUUUUUGUUUAUUGUAAUGGAUGAACAUUAUGAAAUGAAACACUGUCUUCUUUAAAGUAAAUUUCAGUGAAGAUUAUUUUCAAAAUCUUUUUCUAAUGCCAGCCCUCAAAUCCUGUAAAAAUUGAGAUAAUUCUGAGCAUAUGCAAAGUAAAUUUCAUUAUGUAUAUUUAAGAAACACUGGCCCUGAUGCAUCUGAAUUUAGAAAUUAAAUGAU